ACACAUCACUCAGCUCUCAUCUCGCAGCCGCAGCUAGUUACAGUUCAGAGAGAAGAAAGAGACCGAGAUCUCGCCGAUAGCUAGCAUCAUGGCGUCCAAGGCGCUCCUCGUGCUAACGCUCCUGCUCGCCGCCACCUUCCUCGCCGCCUCCGCUAACGAGCAAGCCAAGGCGGCCAAAGAGGAGAAGAAGGUGGAGGUCCAAGACUGGCACGGCGGCGGCGGCUACCCGGGUCACGGCGGCGGCGGCGGCGGCGGCUACCCGCACUGCCGGUGGGGCUGCUGCAACCGCGGGUACCAUGGCGGCUGCCGGUGCUGCUCGCACCCUGAUCAGAUACCAGAGCCCAUGUACCGUCCUGAGCUCGUCGAGGUCCACAACUAAAUAGUAUACGGGUACGUAUGCCCCGAUGGGAAUGAAUGGGAAGCAAGAGCACACGCGUAGUACGCUCGUCGUAGUAGUCAAUAAAAGUUUGGUUCCAUCACCGUCAUGAAAUAAAAGUAAGGAGGUUGCACGCUUUGUGUGCGUGCUUGGAAACGUCGACUGUAUCUCAUGCAUCGAAUAAAUAGAUGUUAAUGAAUAUCAUUGGGACAA